ACAAAUGAUCACCGCCAUUUUGCUGUGCGUCUGUUGAGUGGAGUGCGUUUAGUUAACGCGGAUAAUUUUAUUAAUUAUUUGUCAGUUAUUUGCGGUUUUCUGCAGCGUUGAUGAUUGGGAUUCCGCGUGACGACCGGCACAAAAUAACGGUUAAAAUCCGAAAUAAUAUGAAACGGAGCUCGAGUCGGGACACUCCACCGCCCCGUGUCAAGCGAUCCAGAUCCUCCAUGGGAAGAUACGACGAUUCGAGUGAUGAGAGGAUUACGCCGGAACGAAUCAGACGGCGCUCUAGAGGGGCUAGAAGUCCAAGUCCACCAAGAGCAUCCUCUCAUGCCAGAUACGUUGAGUCCAGUUCUCACAGGGACGAGUAUAUGCGAGCACCCAGAGAGAUACCACCGGAGCGUCCAUACAGUUACAAGGUCCUCUGCGUGAGUUCGAUACAUCCGAAAGCAAGCGAUGAAGUGAUAAAGGACACCCUUUACCGGGAGUAUAAGAAAUUUGGUGAUUUUUCCAUACGAAUCUCUCAUGAAUUGGACGAGCGAGUUGCUUAUGUUUGCUUCAGAAGUUCUGAGGAUGCGAGAGACGCGAAACAUGCUAAACCGAGAAUUAUUUUAUACGACAAGCUUGCCUUGGUUGAACCUGUUUAUGAAAGACCCGAAUCUUACCGACGACCCAGAUCAAUCACUCCCCCAGACUACGAACGUUAUUAUGCCAGGUCACCCGGACCUACAGAAAGGCACAGACCGAUUGAACGAUACGAACGUGUCUACGGACCACCGGUUGGAGUUCCACCUCACAGGGAGCUCAGAAGAGAAACAAUUCCGCCACCUCAUCACGAGUUUGUUCGUCCACCACUACACCAUGGACCACCACAUGUUCAUCCUGGUCCUCCGCAUCAUUAUGGACCACCCAGACACAUGAUGAUUCGGCAUCCUGUUCACGGUUUUGAGAGAAUUGAAAAUAAGAAAGACAAGUUUCCAAACUAUUUGCAUCAUGUUUCACCUGAGGAUGACCCACUGGCUACUCGAACCUUGUUUGCUGGCAAUUUGGAAAUAAAUAUUACCGAAGAAGAGCUGAGAAGAAUCUUCAGCAAGUAUGGAAUCGUGGAUGACAUCGAUAUCAAGAGACCCCCGCCGGGUACUGGAAAUGCUUAUGCUUUUGUCAGGUUCCAAACUUUGGAUAUGGCGCAUAGAUGCAAAGUUGAAUUAUCUGGCCAGUACAUUGGUAAAUUCCAGUGUAAAAUCGGAUACGGUAAAGCUACCCCAACAACUCGUAUCUGGGUUGGCGGUUUGGGGCCAUGGACAUCCGUGCCUCAGCUGGAGAGAGAGUUUGAUCGUUUUGGGGCUAUUAAAAAGAUUGAUUACAUCAAGGGAGACAGCAAUGCCUACAUUUUAUACGAUUCCAUCGACGCUGCCCAAGCUGCUGUCAAAGAAAUGAGAGGAUUUCCACUUGGGGGACCAGAUAGGAGGCUGAGGGUUGAUUUUGCCGAUGUUACUCCCGGGUUUGGGUUCAAACCUAGACCGUACCCAGAAGACGCGGCUGAAUUUCGACCAAGACCUGUGGAAUACGAAUCUCCGUACGAUCCUUACGCUCCUGAAGGUGAAUUUGCUUAUGCUCCGAGGGGAUUCAGGGGUCGCGGAAGUGCCCCAUGGCACGAAAGACGAGGAGGAGGCAGAGGGGGAUACCGUGGAACUGCUUACCCUGAAGGAUAUGUGAGAGAAGAAUCUGAUUGGCCAAGUCGCCGGCCUCCACCUGAGCUCGAAUAUGAAUCACCAAGGGGCUUGAGGCGCUCGUUGUCUCGGGAACCAGGUGUAGAUCGAUCCAGAUCACGCUCUCCUCGGAGAAGACCUGUGGAUUCAGAUUCCGAUUCUGAAACAGCUAGAACAGGGAUGCUGUCUACGUCGCGAACUCUUCCCGAAGUUGCACGAAAGUCUAUAGCGGUUUGGCAAGGCGCUUUGAUAUUAAAAAAUUCUUUGUUUCCAGCUAAAUUUCACCUUACAGAUGGAGAUACAGAGAUAAUUGACGCGCUCAUGAAGGAUGAGGAUGGGAAACAUAUGCUGAGAAUAACGCAGCGUCUUCGUUUGGACCAGCCAAAAUUAGACGACGUUUCUAAACGCAUACAAACAUCCAGUUCACAUGCUAUAUUUUUAGGGCUUGCAGGAUCUAGCGCUACCAUUACGAACGAUGACGCAAACGUACAAACUCGACCUCUAAGAAACUUAGUGUCGUAUCUGAAGCAGAAAGAAGCUGCAGGAGUAAUAUCUCUGUUGAAUAAAGACACAGAAGGAACUGGUGUCUUGUAUGCCUUUCCGCCGUGCGCCUUUUCAACCGAACUUUUGAAAAGAACUUGUCCCAGUCUUAGCGAGGAAGGUUUGAAAGAGGAUCACUUAGUUAUCGUUGUGGUGAAGGGCGGCAGUGCCUAAGUUACGCUUACUCAUAAGGUUUAUUAAAGGUAAACGUGCUGAAUACUACAUACAAUAUUGUUACAUUACUCGGUCAAAAAUUUGGCUGAUUUUCUUAAUUUCUGGUGGAAUUUUAAGGAAAGUAACUAAUUACAUUUAACGUACAGAUAGUCCAUAUACAGAGUAUUUAGCAGAUUAGUAGUUCUAGACUGUCUCAAAUUAAUCGCACUAUAUUACAUCUCAUUACGCGCAUCUUUUUUGAGUAAGAAAAUGUUGAUAUUGUACAGCUUCAUUUUUCAGAAGUCGAAAUUUAUCAGUUCAUUUUUAGAAUCAGCCAAAUCGUAAAAAUUGACAAAACCAUGUCCAAGGGGGUAUGCAAUGGUCAAAUACCAGGACAUAAUAAUAUGUUGAUAUCAAGUGACUGCUGUGGUCAGAAGAAUUGAAACUUCUGACAAGGCUGAUAGAAGAAGUACAUGUACUAAGCAUGGAAGUAAUAACUUAUGGUAACGAAAUGUUAGAUAUAGCUUUACGAGGUAAGCGCUCUGAUAACGAAAUAGUAAACUGAAAACUUGCAAAGUUCUUCCGAAGAUUGAUUUAUAAGUGGAAUAAUUAUUUUUAUCAAGAUAAAACAUUAUUUUAGUAAUGUUCUGCAUCACUUUUUUUUUCUCUAAAUCUGGGUCAUACAUGUUGGACCGUUAUGACAUAAUGACAUAAUGGUGAAUCAUGAUCUAUUACAUAAUUUAAUUGUAGUGAACCUAUUCUAAUUAGUAUACAUACUCAAUUAUCAUGUACACAGUUCUUUCACAUUUGUGAUUGUAUGAAUUUUGCUGCAGUGCAUAAACGUCUUAGGAUUUAUAUAUACAUGCAUAUAUAUAUAAAUAUAAAUAUAUACGUAUACUUAUGAAGAGAUGCAAAUUACAUUAAGUGAUGAAAUUUUUUUAAAGUAACGUGUCUGCAAACUGAAAAAAAAAUGGCAAAACUAUUUCUUACCGUACACAUUAAUAUACUGCUUUCUUCUUUAACGCGAUUUCUGUAAAUAAUGAUCAUUGUUAUUCUUAUACAAAAUGCGAAAGGACUGGUCGACAACUAACCACUAGUUUAUUGUUAAAGUUGAAGAACAUCAAACGGUCACAUCGUAAAAUGAAAAUACUAACUUCAGUUAAUUUACUUUUAUAUGAUUUAGAUUUUAGAUGCAUAAGAUUUAAGUGUUUGUGCUAUAAAUUAUCUGUGAAAAUGAUAUUGAAUUUCGUUAACAUGGACAGUGUUUGAGUGGCCGUGGGGAAAACGAACAGAAAAAUCUCUUCUAAAACCCUAAAAAAAACUUCGUCUAAAGCCGUGAGAAUCAUUGGUAACAUGUUAAGCAAUCUGUGAACUUUACCAUAAAGGACUGUGUUUGGUGGUAUUAAAAAAAGAAACAACAGAAAUCUCCAAUUGUGUACAGUGAUGUAAAACAGUGCUUGUGUUCUCGCCUCCGAGGGUGUUAUCAUGAAGGUAUGAAAAUAACAUCCAUCUUAAAAUCGAACCCUCAGAACACCUGAGAAAUGAGAAAGUCCAAGUCGCACUCGGAGGCGAACUAAGGUGCGGUGGUAAAGUGUAUUUGGUGUUGAAAAGAAAAGAAAUGAAAUGAAAAAAUAGAGCCGAUUGCAGACAAAA